UGGCGCGGGUGGUUCGACCACCACGGCGGGCACCGCGGCGGCGGCGGGUGCGGGCCGGCGGCCGCGGGCGUCCAGGUGGUGGACCGGGCGGGUUGCACGGCGCAGACGUGCCGGUCCUGCGUGGCGGUGACGCUGGCGGACGCCAUCGCGCUCGGGUGCUGCCCGUGUGCGGUGGUCAGCGUGCUGGGGCCAAUGCUGGCCUUCGUCCAGGCCCCGCUCGCCGUGGCGCGCCGCUGCCUGUGCGUGGUGACGACGGAGCGCGUGGCAGCGAGCGGGCGGAGUAGGGGGCAUGCGCGCACGGCGGCGCGAAUGACGACCUGCACGCGCGCGGCGAGCAGCCAGCCGCCCGGGCGGCAGGGCUUUCCCUCGGCAUGCGGACGAGGCUCGACGUUCGGCGGCGGGGGACGAGGCUCGCCGCGCCGCACCUCCCACCUCGGCGUCGCGCCGCACUUCUGCUCCCUUCGCCGGCGAGCGGAGCUUGCCGCAGCCCCUUGCGCGGAACUCGGCGCGGGUCCAGGCGGAGCUCGGCGCGGCCCCAGGCAGUGCCACCGGUGGACUCGGCGCCACUGGCCCUCCCUUUCUCUUCUCUCUCCCAGCGCGAGACCUUCCCCGGCGGAGCUCGGCCUAGUACAGGCUCAACGGAAAGAUUUGUGGACCCGAAAUGUCAGCUGCGGCAAAGAAAAGCCAAGCCACUGCAGUUAA